GGCGAUUGAGCCAAAUGUGAUGAAUCGGUGUUUUUGUCAUUGAAUUCAACGUAUUUUGCAAUUGAGUUGUCAUUGAAUUGUUGUGACAAACAGUCAGUCAUUGUGUGUAGUGUUUGGCAUCCGUUGAACACAACAAUUGUGUGAAUCGUUUGAUCGCAUUAUUACUGUUACUAAUCGACGCAUAAACACAUUCACACAUACAUUGCCUGUCAGUGAGCACAGGGUGUGACACAUCCCAGUCCUCCACCACCACUACACACAUCCAUUACCACACAAAUCGGUUGCGGUGAUUGUCUGGAAAUCUGGAACCAUUGAACAGCAAACCCGUGUCGAGUACUUCUUCCGGAGCGUCAGUCAUGUCGUCGAUGUCGUCGCGAAAGCCGAAGGGAAGGGCGGCCACCAAGAAGAGGGCUCAGAGGGCCACCAGCAAUGUGUUCGCUAUGUUUGAUCAGGCGCAGAUCCAGGAGUUCAAAGAGGCGUUCAAUAUGAUCGACCAGAACAGAGACGGCUUCAUCGAUAAGGAGGACUUACACGACAUGUUGGCCUCAUUGGGCAAAAACCCAGAGGACGCCUACUUGGAGGGCAUGAUGAACGAGGCUCCCGGUCCCAUCAACUUCACAAUGUUCCUGACGCUGUUCGGGGAGCGCCUGCAGGGCACGGAUCCCGAGGAUGUCAUCAAAAACGCGUUCAACUGUUUCGAUGAAGACAACAGUGGUGUGAUUCACGAGGAGAGGCUCAGAGAGCUGUUGACCACAAUUGGCGAGCGAUUCACCGAUGAAGACGUGGACGACAUGUAUAGGGAGGCGCCCAUCGAUAAGAACGGAAUGUUUGAUUACCUGGAGUUCACUCGUAUCCUAAAACACGGCGCCAAAGACAAGGACGACCAAUGAGUGGCGGAUCGCGAGUGCCUUAAGAGUAUUGUGUCUUAAAUGUGCGCCAAUUGUCGCCAAAUUAUUUAAUGAAAUUCUGAUCUUUAUUUUGCAC